GCAGCGCAGCGAGUAAGGAAUAUAGAAACAAAAGAAGUAACUGUAGAUCCAUACCAAAAAAAUAAUUGCAUAUCUAUAGGCUGUAUGACGAAUGUUGGAAUAGCAACAACGAGACAACAAGGAAUCGCGGCAGCCGCGUGCGGCGAAUCGAUUACAUUACACAAAACUGUUUCAACUGCUCGUCCCCAAAACAUUUCCCAUUGGUCGAGUGACCCCUUAAUUUAUAUCAAUAACUUCAUGAAGGAUGAGCCCAAUAUUGUUACAUUUUCAGAGCUGGAAGAAGACUUUUUCCCAUGGAUAUUCGCCAGAGCUGAUCGAAUGUUCCGUCGUGCGAUGACCACAAUUCAACUCGAAAACAGUAAUUGCUCAAAUAUUUCUUUAGUGCGCAAGUUCCAUGUUCUUCCGCCUUCCCACGAAUUCUGA